AUGGCUAUUGCGGCAAAAAAAUGGAGACGAGUGAAAAUAGAGCAGUGAGUGAGAGAGAGUGACCAACCCCUACCCGCAGCCCUUAAACCCUAACCAAAACUCCAAUACAACCCUGACAGACUACACACAGUCACCUCAUCAAUCAUUAGCCAUGCCUUUCUCCACGAUGUUCCUCCACAACAAUUUGAAGCUGAACAUCAGGGCCAUGUCUCUGGCCCACCUCGCACCCCCGCUAAAGUCACUGACCGCCAUCUACACUCCAUGUCGCCGGUUACAUAUUUUGUGCCCGAACACCGGCGGAAAAACUGGUCCAAAACCCUUGGUUUUCUCUAGCUUUGCUUCUUCUCCUUCGAUGGGGAUGAGGCGCUAUAGAAAUGCCUCUCCGGUGAUUUCGCUGCCACUCUUUUAUCAGCAGAAUUUUGGGUAUGGAAGGUUCGCAUACGAUGAGUAUGUAUCGGAGGAAGAGUCUGAUAGUGAUUCCCAGUCUCCUUCUAAGCAGUUGUGUGACUCAACUCUUGAUAACGUUGAGGAGUGGCGGAGAAAGUUGACCUCACUUGUCCACCGCAAUGACGAGCAAGAGGUUGUGUCAAGAGAUAAAAAGGACCGGCGUGACUUCGAGCACCUUUCUGCGCUUGCAACUAGGAUGGAAUUGUACAGUCGCCAGUAUGAGAAAGUAGUUGUUUUUAGCAAAGUUCCACUGCCGAAUUAUAGAUCGGAUUUGGAUAGCAAGCGUCCUCAGAGGGAGGUGAUAUUACCAUUAGGGUUGCAGAGGAUGGUAGCUUCAUAUCUUUCUGCCCACCUUUCAAAAAAGGCUGUGACUAAAGAAAAAUUUGUGCGUGAUGCCAUAUCAACAUCUGAUGCAGGCCAGACUCAGUUUCUUGAUGGAAGGUUUGAUGCGCGAGAGGAUCCCUCAGCCCAAAGUGUCGUAGCUGAGAGAUUUUCUAAACGUAGGAGCUUGCAAAUGCUCAAUAAACAACAAGAGUGGCAAGAAUCUUCAGAAGGCCAGGGGAUGGUAAAGUUUCGAAGAAGUCUUCCUGCAUAUAAAGAGAGGGAGACAUUAUUGAAUGCUAUAUCUCAGAAUCAGGUGGUUGUUGUAUCUGGUGAAACUGGCUGCGGAAAAACUACCCAACUGCCACAAUACAUCUUAGAGUCAGAAAUUGAAGCCGCUCGGGGCGCUGCAUGUAGUAUUAUCUGCACCCAACCAAGACGAAUAUCUGCCAUAUCAGUUGCUGAGAGAGUUGCCGCUGAGCGUGGUGAGGAAAUAGGAGAAUCUGUCGGUUAUAAAGUUCGCCUUGAGGGAAUGAGAGGGAGAGAUACCCGUCUCCUUUUUUGUACUACUGGAAUCCUUUUAAGAAGAUUAUUGGUUGACAGAAAUUUGAGAGGCACUACUCACGUUAUUGUUGAUGAGAUUCACGAACGUGGAAUGAAUGAAGACUUUCUUCUAAUUGUGCUGAAGGAUCUUCUUCCUCGUCGGCCAGAAUUGCGUUUGAUUUUGAUGAGUGCAACCCUAAAUGCCGAACUUUUCUCUUCGUACUUUGGUGGUGCUCCAAUGUUUCACAUUCCUGGUUUUACAUACCCUGUUCGGAGUCAUUUUCUGGAAAACAUUCUAGAAACGACUGGUUAUAGGUUGACUCCAUAUAAUCAAAUUGAUAAUUAUGGUCAAGACAAGAUGUGGAAAAUGCAGAAGCAGACUCUGAGGAAAAGGAAGACCCAGAUAGCAUCAGAUGUCGAGGACGCUCUUAUGGCUACUAAUUUUAAGGAUUAUAGUCCGCGAGUUAGAGAAUCAUUAUCUAGUUGGAAUCCUGACUCAAUUGGCUUUAAUCUCAUUGAGCAUGUUCUCUGUCACAUUUGCCGCAAUGAAAGGCCUGGUGCUGUUUUAGUCUUUAUGACUGGCUGGGAUGACAUAAAUUCUUUGAAAGAUCAACUUCAAGCUCAUCCGUUACUGGGAGAUCCAGACCGAGUUCUUUUGCUUGCAUGCCAUGGUUCUAUGGCCAGUGCUGAGCAGAAAUUGAUAUUUGAUAAACCAGAAGAUGGAGUCCGGAAGAUUGUUCUGGCAACAAAUAUGGCUGAAACAAGUAUCACCAUAAAUGAUGUAGUUUUUGUGGUUGAUUGUGGGAAAGCAAAAGAGACUUCCUAUGAUGCUCUAAAUAACACUCCUUGUUUGCUUCCAUCCUGGAUCUCUAAGGCUUCCGCUCGCCAAAGGAGAGGUAGAGCAGGGCGUGUUCAACCAGGCGAGUGUUACCAUCUCUAUCCUAGGUGUGUACAUGACGCCUUCGCAGAUUAUCAAUUACCAGAACUUUUGAGAACACCGUUACAGUCUCUGUGCUUGCAAAUCAAGAGUCUAGAUCUUGGGAGCAUUUCAGACUUCUUGUCUAAGGCCCUCCAACCACCUGAACCUCUAUCUGUUCAAAAUGCUAUCGAUUAUCUAAAGAUGAUUGGAGCUUUAGAUGAAACCGAAAAGCUUACGGUACUCGGACGCAAGUUGUCAAUGCUUCCAGUUGAGCCAAAGCUUGGAAAAAUGUUAACUUAUGGUGCAAUUUUCAACUGCUUGGAUCCAAUAAUGACCAUUGUUGCUAGCCUAAGUGUCAGAGAUCCAUUCUUAAUGCCAUUUGACAAGAAGGAUCUUGCUGAGUCUGCAAAGUCCCAUUUUUCUGCACGUGACUUCAGUGAUCAUCUCACGGUUGUCCGGGCAUUUGAGGGUUGGAAAAAGGCUGAAAGUGAGCAGUAUGGUCAUGAAUACUGUUGGCGAAAUUUUCUUUCUACACAAACAUUGAGAGCUAUUGAUUCCCUUAAAAAGCAGUUUCUUUAUCUCCUCAAAGAUAUUGGUUUAGUUGAAGAUAUUGAGAGUUGCAAUAAAUGGAGCCAUGAUGAACAUCUAAUUCGUGCUAUUAUAUGUGCGGGUCUAUUCCCUGGAAUAUGUUCUGUUGUGGUGGAAAAGUACAAUCUCUCUGAUUUCUGGUUGUCUCUAAUUCACAAGAACAAGGAGAAGUCAAUAUCACUAAAGACGAUGGAGGACGGUUCAGUGCUUUUGCAUUCGAGUUCUGUGAAUGCCCAGGAAGCCAAAAUUCCAUUUCCAUGGAUUGUUUUUAAUGAAAAAGUGAAAGUCAAUUCUGUAUUCCUCCGUGAUUCUACUGGUGUAUCUGAUUCCAUGGUUCUAUUGUUCGGUGGAAAUGUUUCUAGAGGCGGACUAGAUGGCUAUAUGAAAAUGCUGGGUGGGUAUUUGGAAUUCUUCAUGACCCCUGACUUGGCUGCUACAUAUUUGGGCAUUAAGAAAGAGCUUGAUGAACUAGUUCAGAAAAAGCUUUCAGAUCCGAAAUUGGACAUGGAGCGUCAUGAAGAACUUCUAAAAGCUGUGAGAUUGUUGGUCACUGAGGACCACUGUGAAGGCAGAUUCGUGUUUGGGCGUCAGAUCUCGAAAAAAGCUGAAAAAGAUAUUCAAUCUGCUUCUGCCAAUGGAGGCCAUAUUAAUUCGAAAUCUCACCUCCAGACCUUACUGGCCAGAGCUGGACAUGAACCGCCAUCAUAUAAGACGAAACAAUUGAAAAACAACAAGUUCAGAUCGACUGUUAUGUUCAACGGACUAGAUUUUAUGGGACAGCCCUGUGGCAGUAAGAAAGAGGCGGAGAAAGAUGCUGCUGCAGAGGCUCUCACGUGGUUGACUGGCGAUAGCCAUUCAUCUGAAAAGACAGUCGAGCACAUGUCCUCCAUUCUCAAGAAAAGCAAGAAGAAACAGCAAAAUUUUGCUGCAAGAUGGAGGUAAUUGAAUGAUGAGCAUACUUCAUUUUUAUUCUUUCUUUUGGAUUGCACAUGACUACAUGAAAAAAUAAGCGGCUAUGAUUCUAUUGGUUGACAACUGGAAAUGGAAAAAGCUUCGUCGCUGGUGAAAAUCAUCCAGCUUGUUGAAGUUUUCUGGGGAAAGGCUGUAUCUAUAUCAAGUCAUCUGCUUGCACUUCCAAACAGUUACAUCAUGAGGUAGGUAGUGUUAUCUGUAUAUAAUAUAUAUAAAUAUAUUAUACUCGCUUAUUUGGAGUUACGUUGUUCUAUGGAUUUGAUACCUGAGAUGCGGUGAGCAGAUUCUUGCG